CAAUAUCUUCAGGCAAGCCAUAUCGUGCUCCCAAGUCCAAAGGGGCUGUGCUGACCACGGCCAUAGACAAUGUCGGUCCACGCAAAAGUCAUCCCAUCAAUCGCUGCCGGAAUUGCUCGCUUGAAGAACGCCAAGUCCGCGAGUUUACGAGCGAAAGUAACCAGAUUAACUAGCGAAGCGAGCCCGGGUGGUGACCCCGUCACAAAGGGGACGCAAGCAGAAGGUGACUCUACGGACGACGAAGUCAGGAAGCGACUCUGGUUGCUAUGCCAAACUCACAUCCGUCCAGAGCUGAUUAAGGGAUGCCAAAUCAUGAAGAAAGCGGGCGAAAAUACGACCGAACAGUUUCCAGCCUGGGCGGUCCGUGAGGAGGAAGAGCUGCCAGGGUCCGGGACUCUCACACACUAUGUCAGCGAUUUCGACAGCAGCGCUAUCAUUUCUAUGGAGAACAACGAGCUGCUGGUAGAUUUUGACGGCUACUCUAUCUCACCGGAAGCCCUUUUUGAGCCACCACACCCCGGGGCGGACGUGUUGCCACAACUCGGCAAGCCCAGCCUCUUCGACGAUGGAGUGCCACCAGCAGAUGAGUGCUUUAGCAGCUCGGAGGGCGACUAUUUCUACACGGACGGCAAAGGAAACGUUUUCCCGAUCGACAGACAUGUCGCCCAGGACACCGACGAAACUGAAUGGCCCGCCACGCCCCAGCUCAUUAACUCCGAAGGGAUCAGCUACGAGGCAGAUGAAGUGGAAGGAGAGCAGUGGGAUGCAAAUGCGCAUGCAACAUAUAUUAUGUACCAUGAAGUGCAACACUGGCCCCCUGUUCCAGGAGCUCGUAUCGACGCAGAGGAUGUCGCUGGCCAGCCCUGGACGCUCCUACACCUCGAUGAUGCACCGUUCGCCAGCUGGGCUGACGAUGGACCCGAACCGAGCUCGAAAUCAUCCAGCAGACGAGGGUCGCAGUCGUCCGAAGCCCCAGAACCACCGGACCCAAGAGCACGCUCCUCUCAGGUCUCCCAAAUAAUCCCACAAGGCUGAAAUGAGGCCGAAUUCGGAAGCCAGGUCGUCCGGACGUCCAAAGAAAUCGAUGCUCUCAACCGGGGUCUACCGUCGACGAAACCAUCGGCCCUCGCGUCCCCCGCUCACUUGCACGGAUUGCUUUCCGUUGAGGGUCUAGAGUCGGAUUGGAAAACAGUCGAAUUCGGUG